AGUCAGUCUCCUGACAAAACACGACGAGGAAGCGGGGAGCAAGAAGCAAUAACAAACAAACCUAGCAGCAGCAAGCUAACGAAACUUAGCAUAUAGGCUGUUGUGUUUCUUUUCCAUUCUGAUAUAUUAUUGGUGUAGAUUUUGUUCACCGUGUACAAAACGAUAUACACGGUGUACAAAAAAUACAUAUUUUAGUCCGUCACGUAGACAACGACGUUAUCUAACAUCUGCUAACAUUAGCCAAACGUCAGCUAGCGUUAAGUUAAUCCUCCCCGUCUUUGUCGUUUUCUUGUGAAAUGAAAUAAUUGUCCAGAAAAUUGCUAGGCAUUAAGAAAUUUGUUAAGAAAUUGUCGUUUUUACACGGUACAUGUGGCAAAAUUAGGUGAGACAACUGGAACAAUCAAGAUUACGACCCUGACGGAGCAGAUACUAACGGAUACUGAGGUUAGUGCAACUGUAAACAGCCAAGGAUGGCACACCUUGGUGCGUGGUGUGUGGGAACUCGACUGAGAGUCCUUCUACUGGUCGUCUGCGGCGUACUGAUCCCCUCGCCUACACAUGCCUAUAUAUAUGCUCAUUAUAGAAAUAUGACCUCCAUGUUGUUUGAGGACCUACCUGCCUUGUUUGGAUCUCUGCUUCCUAAGGAUGGGUUAAUGGGAAUUUUGGUGGUGUCCCAUCCACUUAAUGGUUGUGCACCAGUAGACCCUCCUCCUCCACUGCCACCAUCCUUUGAUGCCAACACCACCAAAUUUGUCGCUCUCAUCAGACGCUAUGAUUGCAAUUUUGAUAUAAAGGUUUUACAUGCGCAGCAAGCUGGAUACAGCGCUGUAGUUGUUCACAACAUGUAUUCAGACACUCUGCUCAAUAUGAACUACAGCAACGAGACUAUUGCAGAGCAGAUUGUGAUCCCCUCUGUAUUUACCAGUUACUAUGCUGCCGAAGUAUUCAAGAAAUACAUAAUUCCAGAGCAAGGGGCCUAUGUGAUCCUCAAGCCAGAGUUUGCGUUUCCGCUGUCAUACUACCUUAUUCCUUUCACUGGAGUAGUAGGCAUGAUUAUUCUUGUGAUGUGUGUCGUCUUGAUUAUUCGAUGUGUACAGUACAGAAAAAGGCUGAGGAAAAAUCGUUUGUCCAAGGAACAACUGAAGCGGAUCCCAACACACAGGUUCAGUAAAGGAGAUGAUUAUGACGUGUGUGCAAUCUGUCUGGACGAGUAUGAGGAAGGAGACAAGCUGCGAGUUUUACCUUGUUCACAUGCGUACCACUGCAAGUGUGUCGACCCGUGGCUCACGCAGACCAAGAAGACGUGUCCCGUGUGCAAACAGCGCGUCACCCGUAACACCACGGAGCUCUCGGAGUCCGAAUCCGAGGAGGAGGCUGGAGGACGUGGAGAGGAAGACGGAACGGAGGGCGAUGCAGACUCGGAGCGCACUCCUCUGCUUCGACCCUCCAACCCAGGGUCCCCCCUAGGAAGCCCAGGGGCCUAUUCUGCCACCACCACCACUACUGCCCAGUGCCUCACCUCCCCCGUACGCUGCGACUCACCCAUCCUGGCCUACGAAGGCUACUACUCCCCGCAGGAGGAAACGGACUCAGAAAGCGAUGACGCGAGAGAGGAGCGGCACCACACCAGCGAUGACACUGCUCAGCUGAUUGGUAGGGAUCGAGUGGAUGUCUGAUGGCCGGAACUUGGCUGCAAUGAGAUUACUCUUAGUUUAACCUAAAAAUGGUCUUUCUAUUGUGAAGUGUGCCGUUAUCGCACAUUACUUUAAAAUAGUUUUCAGAUUUAUUGGGACACUAGGAUACUUGCCACAUUUGUUGAUUGUAGCACAAUCUUUGACCCAAUAUCCAGAGGUGGUCUACUUUAAGUGUCAAAGCACAUGCAGAACUUCCCAUUGAUCAGUUUUUUACCAAAAUCCAAAUGUUGAACAUCAGUCUGCACAAAUUCACUCCUGUACUGUUGUCUGUAGACAUACUUUUUGAUGCACGGUGUAGUUUAUAACUCGAUCACGCCACUCGAUUUGACCUAAUCACUAGUGCUGCACAAGGUGAACGUGCCACUUAAAUGUCUUUUUAAGCAAGAGUUUGAUUCCUGUAGAUGAAGCUUGUGUUGUUAAAGUUAUGCUUAAAGUGGAUCUUCAAUGUUCUCCAUUAGUUUUAAGCAGCUUUAGUACAGUUUAAAGGUCCUAUGUUGUCUUAACAGUAAUUGUUUUAUACCUGACGCUUCUUUCCCCCCAAAAUGUUUGUCUUCUUUUUGAUUUUUUUAAUAGCUCCUGUUCUUAUUUCGUACGUUUUCAAGUUACGUUUCAGUUUUUUGAAAUAUAAUUUUUUUUUCUCAAAUUUUCUCAAACUAUUAUGCUAUAGUAGAACCUUGCAAAGAUGUUAUACAUUUCUGCUGCUUUUACAUUGUUACUGAUAAUACUGUGUGGACAGUUUAAGAAAAGUAUUUUUAGCUUUAUCCAGUUUGUUAAGUUGAACAAACUCAGGUUCAUAGCAAAAAAAAAAAAAAAAUAGAGGUCAAAUGAAUAACCUAGUGAGAAAAUGAUGGGUUGUGGUCUUGGGAUCUGUCUUAGAUUUUUGCUUUUCUUUGAAUCUGUAAAAUGUAGAUUUAUGAAUAUUUAAUAGCUUUUUUCCAUUUUUAUAUACCAUUUAACUGAAUGGUAACAUGAUAAAUUGUGGGACUCGGAGGGUGUUUUUAGGAAAAAGAGCAUUGCCUUACAUUGGCCUUGUUGUACAUGUGUAUGUUAAAUGUUUAGAAAUUGACACAAUAGGAUUGACACUCCUCCCCCCCCCCCCCCCCCCCCCGCUUGUUGAGCUGUCUUUAAUACUGCUGGUUAGAAAAGCUCAUAUAUUGUUGCUUGAUCUGAAAACCUGCUCCACAUUUGUUUGUCCAGUGUCAAGAAAGAGAAGGCCUGUGUUUUCACAUGUUAAGCGCUAGUGAUGCUAGAGAUAGUCGGCACCGUCCUGUUUGCUUUGCACCUGAAAACUUGGACGAGAUCAGCAGCCGUCAAACAAGAUGCGGUUUGUUCCUCCACUGUAUGAGAUGACCUGGGUGGAGUACAUGCUGCUGAUUUAUAUAAGUACAAAUAGAAGUAGUUUUGUUCCAGACUGCUUCACAGCUCCAAAAAAACACACACACACACACACACACACACACACACACACACACACACACACACACACACGACAUAGGCACUAACUGUACAGCAUGACGACUUACAGUACACCUUUAGCCAUACUUUUAUAUUGACAUGGAGGGAGCUGUACAGGAAAUCAGAACUGUAGUUUAAGCUUACUUCCAUCUGUAAUGAAAAUUAUUGUGCAAUUAUUUAGGAUUUUUUGUCAGUUAAUAUGACAUAUCCUACUUUAUCAUCUCAACAUGAAACUAAACUUCAUCUUUCAUCAGAUGAAGGAUGAAACUUGUCUCUCCAGACCCCGCCACUGCAGAUAAUAAUGAAUGCAAAUCGCUGCACAUGGUGUAUGUAAUUCUGUGUCUGAGGAUUAGUUUUCAAUAAGUUGCAUUUAGAUGUUGGAGGGUGAAAAGGGGAAUCAGCAAGACUGUAAAAUCAUAACAUUCCACCUUUAUAUUUUACUGCUGAUUGACUAGAGGACUCCACACUAUUAAGAUUUGAUUGGGACUUGUUGGCAAUAGUCUUUAUUGUAAAAUAGAACUGCUGUUUUCCCACUUAUAAUACGCUUCAAUUAUCUUUUGUACUGUACCUUUUUUUUUCCUAUGUCUGUUUUAGAGACUGUUGACAAACACAUGAAAAUAAUACCCUUUUUUUUUUCAUUUUUCUGUUUUCUUUUAGAAUGUGCCUAGAUUAUUAAACCUAAUAAAUGUACAGGGUCAAGUAUAAUUUUUGGUGUAUAAAGCAGGAUUGAGAAUCUUUAGGAUGUCUAAACACAGUCUGUGGAAAGCUGCGUUUUACGCGUGAUUCGUGGAAGAUUACAUGACAUUGAAAUGUGACUGUGCUGUUUGUUUAGGUGAGAAAAUGUAAGUACAACUUCUUGACAAGGUUUAUUGAAGUACAUGAUAAUUCUUAAUAAUAAAGCCACUAUGAGGAAAA